AUGGAACUGCUUACUGUCCUCCUCUGCCUGUCCCUUCGCCUAGCAAGUGGCCAGAGUGCAGAGGAGCGCCUCAUAAACUGGCUGCUAGGUAAAGAUCGCUACAGCAAGCUCAUCCGACCUGCUGCCAACCACAGCGAGAGGGUGACUGUCAGCCUGCAGGUGUCUCUCGCACAGCUUAUCAGUGUGAAUGAAAGAGAACAGAUCAUGGUAACCAGUGUCUGGCUCACACAGAGCUGGCAGGACUUCAGACUCACAUGGGACCCCUCUAAGUAUGAAGGAAUCACAAAACUCAGAGUGCCCUCUAAGCAUUUAUGGCUGCCUGAUAUUGUUCUUUACAACAAUGCGGAUGGAGAGUAUGAGGUAAGGGUCUUCACCAAUGCGAUUGUGUUUGCCAGCGGACUGGUGUACUGGCUGCCUCCUGCCAUUUAUAAGAGCGCGUGCAGGAUCGAGGUCAAGCACUUCCCUUUCGACAGGCAAAACUGCACCCUCAAGUUCCGUUCCUGGACAUACGACCACACGGAGAUCGACAUGGUCCUCCGCGACAGGAUGGCCGCCAUGGACGACUUCACCCCCAGCGGAGAGUGGGACAUCCUGGCCUUGCCCGGGAGGCGCACAACGAAGCCCACCGACCCCACCUAUGUGGACAUAACCUACGACUUCAUCAUCCAGAGGAAGCCCCUGUUCUACACCAUCAACCUCAUCAUCCCCUGCGCGCUCAUCACGGCCUUGGCCAUCCUGGUCUUCUACCUGCCGUCUGACUGUGCGGAAAAGAUCACCCUCUGCAUCUCCGUGCUGCUGGCACUCACCGUGUUCCUCCUGCUCAUCUCCAAGAUCGUCCCGCCCACCUCCUUGGAUGUGCCCCUUAUCGGGAAGUACCUGACCUUCACCAUGGUGCUGGUGACCUUCUCCAUCAUCUCCAGUGUGUGCGUGCUGAACCUGCACCAUCGUGCCCCCAGCACACACAACAUGCCCCACUGGGUCAGGCAGCUGUUCCUGGUCAGCCUCCCGACUCUACUCUUCAUGAAACGCCCACAGAACUACUCCGCUGAACAGCGUCUUCGGAGGCAGAGGGCCCAGAGGGGUCGUCCCGCGCCCAGGACAGAGAAGGACUCGUGGGACUCGGCGAGCGCCACCACAACCUCCUCCAGCUCGUGGUCUGAUUUGCUCAGCUCCAACACUGAGGUGGAUGCCCAGGACCGCAGCUAUGAUUUAAAAAAUGACGACAUGCGGAGGUCCUCAGGGUUCGCCGGAGAACAGCUUAAGAGGACCGGACGUCCGCAGCAGCGUGGAAAACCUGAGCAGAACCCUACAGUAGAUAGAGCACUAGAGGGUAUCCAGUUUAUUUCUGAUCGUUUGGUUGGGGAUGAGGAGGACCAGUUGGUCAUCCAGGACUGGAAGUACGUGGCAAUGGUGGUGGACCGCCUCUUCCUGUGGGUCUUCGUGAUUGUGUGUGUGGCAGGAACCCUGGGCCUUUUCCUGCAGCCCUUCUCUCAGCCGCACAUCGACCCCCUUCAGCUGACCAGCGACUGGACCAGCAGCACGUUUGAGGAAACCUAGCCUUGCGUAGUCAGACGCAUACUGGUGCACACCUCUGGAGACUACUGUGUGGAAAGUGGACUAAAUGUGGGAACAAUUACAGAAUUCAUACCAUUUUACAUUGAGUUAUUACGAGAGU